AUGACCAAAAAGAGAACUAUAGAGGCACUUCAAGCGGACGACAGCCCGUCUUCAUCCAAUCAAUCAAACGCCAACACAAGCUUUCCAGACAUCAAGGCAGAGGUUGAUGAUCUUUCAGCCGAUGGAUUCACAACCAGUGAUGACCUGCUCUCACUUAUGACCUUCCUAGACAAUGGAUCACAGUCGUCAUUCAUUAUGAAGAAUGAUCCAAACUCAUCGCCAGCUGGAAACUUGUUUGAAAUGCAUCAUCACCAACAGCAACAGGCCCAACUCCAUCAUCACCAACAACAGAUGCAACAACAUCAACAACAGCAGCAGCAGCAACAGCAACAGCAGCAGCAGCAACAACAACAGCAGCAACAGCAACAACAACAUCAACAGGUACAACAACAUAUUGUUCCAACAACAUAUACCAAUGGAGGCGUGGUACAGGGACAAGGACAACAUCGACAAUCCUAUCCAAUGCCAAUCGUUCAGAUGAACCAACAACAUACAACUACGACGCCAUUGAUCAUCUCGCCUUCGAUAUCAUACGCUCAUCCAGCCGAUCUACAUCAGCAACAACAGCAAAUGAUGUUACAACAGCAGUUCCAGCAGCAAAUGUCCGCCGCGCACCAGAUCCAGACUGCGGCACACUCAUCACCCCCGCUCCAGUUGCAGCCUCUCCACUCCAUGCCACCCAACUCUGUUAUCCAAACAUCCCCGACCAAUGGCGGUGGUGCCCAGGACAAUGCAUAUGUGGCACAUCAAGCUUAUGCAGCCGCCACUCAGCAGCCCCGCCAACACCAGGUUCAGAGCAGCACAUCGACGCCAAACCCCAGCAACCAGCCAAUCCCCCUGCCUCCACACUUGCUGCUCGUGCCAUUUGGCAAUCAGCCACUGCAGCCACAUCAACAGAUCAUCAAUGAGUGCUUGAAGCUACACCUGGCGCAGAAGGAUCAGUUGGAAAAGAUGAAGAUGGUCCAGAAGCAAGUGCUGGCACAUCCACAGAAGGAGACAUUCCAGAUGUUGGACAACGAGCAGAACACCUUGAAGAAGCAGAUCGAUGCCGAACUGACAUCUUUGACGCAGAUCGACCAGACAUUCAUCCUGUCGCCACAGGAGAUCCGCAACGUCGUGUUCCUGUUACACGAGUUGACGAUCCAGUCGAUACAGCUUGAGCUGUACCAUGAGGAGCUGCAGCUGCUGGUGCGUCCACAGAGUCCGCCACCAACCAUUGCUGCGCUGGUCGUCAUUGAUCAGCCAUUCCCCAUGGUGAUCACCAAGUGCAAGCCAUUGGAGGAUGACCCUGUCGUUGUCCAGCUGCUGAGCGGCACACGAACUGAACUCCAACUGAUUGGAAAGGUCAAGGCGACAAUGAUUGUUGAGAACCAACAGAACUCCAAGACAACGUCCACGCCCAAGACCAUCGAGACUGAGGUAGUCAGCAUGGACGAGACACAGCGAUUGGCAAAAUAUCACCUCAAGUUCCUCAAUGGUACCAGGAAGAACCCGGUAACGCUCAAGUUUGGCAUGCAGGUGCAGGUCGUUGGCAGCACAGCCGUCAACAUCGAGUCGCCACCAACUAGCCCCUUCAUCGUCAUCACCAACGAGUGUCAGUACGAGGAGAGUGACGGCACGCUGCUCAAGAAAGACAGUUUUGGCAACAAUGCCGAGCUGGCCUGGGCAUCAUUCGGAAACAAGCUGCAGCGCCACUUCCUCAGAGCCACUCGUCAGGACUCUAUCAAGCCCACUCGCUACCUGGCGCGCCACGAGCUGAUGUACCUGCACUCGCAGUUCUUUGGAUCACGCGCACUCAUCACUCAGGCACUGUUCGACACUUUCUGGAGCUGGUUUGGCAAGAGUCUUCAGAAGCUGCGAUACCAGCGCCACGUUUGCUCAAUGUGGCAGUCGGGACUGAUCUACGGCUUCAUCUCACGUCAGAGCGUGGAGGAGGCACUUAUCAAUGAGGAGGUGGGCACAUUCCUCAUCCGAUUCAGCGAGCGACAUGCCGGACACUUUGCCAUUGGCUACAAGGUAGACGAUCCUGACCCCGAGAAGAAGAUUCGUCACUACUUGGUCAAGGCGGACGACACUGCCGGCGCCAAGAAGACCCUACCAGACUUCUUGUCCGAGUGUCCACUGUUCAACAAGAUCAUGCAAUUGACUAUCGAUGCCACUACUGGCGAACCCAAACUACGUAUCUUCCCAAAGGAUGUCGUACUGGAACCCUACUACUCCAAGCGUGAAGCACUGCCGGCAACCAAUGGCUACGACUCUUUGCCAGUGAUGAACUAG